AUGUUAGAUACAAACCUUAUGAAAAGUGACCUAGAAGAAAUCUGUUGUGGCCUUGGUAUUUCCACAGAAGGAACUAAGGCAGAUCUAAUACAAAGAAUAAGAGAUUUUUCAAGUGAAAGAAAUUGCACAAUACCUGAAAAAUCAGAUAAUGAAAAAAGGAUAAACUAUGAUGAAAAUGAUGAAUUAACAGGUUCUGAAUACCUGGAUGAAGAAGACAUACUUGAAUUGCUAUUUCCAGGAAAAUGUGAGGGUGAAAGUUCAGAGAUCCUAGAAUGCAAAAUGAUAUUAGAAUUUAAAAAAUUAGAAAAUGCAGUUCUGGGUUUUAAUGAUAGGUUAAAUUUAGUAUCUGCUCAAAUACGCAAUACCUGGCAAAGAGUUGAAAUAAAUGAAGCUUAG